AUGUCUGAUAAUCUUUCAACCUCCAACUAUGCCUCACUUUUCAAGACAAACAAUCCUACAGUUUCCUCUCAACCUCAAUCUGCCUGUCUUCUUGGUAGUUCAGUUAACACCAUCCCCAACACCUUCUCCCACUCGGACUCAGAGUCUGUGGGAAGUCACAAUUAUAUUGAUGCUCCCAAUUCCCCACCUUCGCACACUUCACACACUGUCCCUGCAGAGAUUCACAGUGAAUCUCUCGCUGUAAUCUCCCUCAAUGCUCCUCGUCUUGCUGAUGAUGAGGUCUCUCUUAUGGAAAAGUCUUGUUUAUUUGGGAAAGCUUGGGGGGAGUUCAUUCCUCAAGCUGCUAUUCUAGCUAGACUUAACAAAGACUGGAAUAACACUAAGGGUGAGAUUAAAUUCAGGUAUUUGGGCAAUGGGUGGUUCUUAAUUCAAUUUGAUAACCCUCUCACUAAGCUUGAUGUUUGGAAUGGUCGACCUUGGUUUGUCCAAGGUCUGAACUUUGUGUUGAUGCCUUGGUAUCCAGGGUUUAGAGCUCAGUUUUGUCGCAUUACUAGUGUGGAUCAAUGGAUUAAGAUUCCAUUUUUACCUACUGAAUAUUGGGCUUGGAGACAUCUUAACCAAAUUGUGUCUUGUAUUGGUCACCCCAUCAGACUUGACCGCUUUACCCAACAAAAUGUUGAAAAGGGCAAUUUGCUCGUGUUUGUGUUAAUCUCAAUAUCACCAAACCUGUUCCACGAUCAAUCACUCUUAACUUUGGCUCUCAUUGUCAAGAGUAUUUCUUAUCUUACGAGGGAGUGUGGGAAGUGUGUCCGCUUUGCGGAGAUCCUAAACACACUAUGA